GGACGGGGGCGGGCUCUCCGGGCCCCCAUUGGCUACGGCCCCCCCCACACGAGGGCUCCCCCCAUCUCCCCCCGACAUCAGUCCGUCCCGCUUCCAGCUGCUGCAGCCGCGCCUUCACCGCCUCGGCCUCCAGCCGCCCCCUGCUCCGGCCCGGCAUGGCGACCCCGACCCAGGCCCCCACAAAGGUUCCUCAGGAGCCUGACCCAUUUUACUAUGGUGUUGGCAGGAUCCCUGAGACUGGGGUGUGGGGAGACCACAGAGCGGCUUGCUUGCUGCGAUGGUUCAGACAGGUGACAGUGGUGGACAGGACCGGGGAGGAGGCCGUGAAAGGAGACUAUGACACUGUACAGACUGUGGGCAUGACUCUGGCCACCAUAUUGUUCCUGCUGGGCAUUCUCAUCAUCAUCAGCAAGAAGGUGAAGUGCAGGAAGGCGGACUCCAGGUCUGAGAGCCCAACAUGCAAAUCCUGUAAGUCGGAGCUUCCCUCCUCAGCCCCUGGAGGUGGCGGCGUGUAAGACCAGCCCUGGGCACCUCCACUGCUGUCCCUGCCUGAGUGCGGAAGCCUGAGGACCGGGUGGAGGCGGUGGGGACCCCAGCCUUGCGCCGGGGAGCGCUCCCCCGAAUGAGCCGCCCCACCCACCCGAGGCUGGUGCCGCUGCACCCUGCUGCCCCUCCCCAGGCCUUGGCAAUGACGACCCCCCAAAGAGCCCGUGUGCAUCCCGGAUCCGGGGACUCAGGCCUCCAGCUCCUGGGGUCCGGGAGCCCAGCCCCAGCCCCCCAGGAUCCCCACGUACUGCUCCCCGGCACCUCCCUGUCUCCCCUCCGAAGAAGAUCGGUUGCCCUGCACCCUUGGAGUCUGUCUUGAGCUUAAUAAAUGUGCAUUUGGUUUUUUC